CUGGUGGGCCCCGCCCCCCCGAACCCAGACCCGCCCCCUCGUUCCACGCAGGCGCGGAGCCGCCUUGGGCGCCCGGCCCCGCCCCCUGGGGGGGGUUCCUCCCCCACCCCGCGCAGGCGCGGAGCCUACUAGCCCGCUCGUGCCCAGGAGGCGCGCGGACGCUGCGAUGGCGGAUUCCGAGCUGCAGCUGGUGGCGCAGCGGAUCCGCAGCUUCCCCGACUUCCCCGUCCCCGGCGUGCUGUUCAGGGACAUCUCACCCGUCCUGAAGGACCCCGACUCCUUCCGCGCCUCCAUCAGCCUCCUGGCUAAUCACCUGAAAAAGGCCCACGGCGGCAGGAUCGACUACAUCGCGGGCCUAGACUCCCGUGGCUUCCUGUUUGGUCCCUCCCUGGCCCAGGAGCUGGGCUUGGGCUGCAUUCUCAUCCGGAAGCGAGGGAAGCUGCCAGGCCCCACUGUGUGUGCCUCAUACACACUGGAAUACGGGAAGGCUGAGCUGGAGAUCCAGAGGGACGCCCUGGAGCCAGGGCAGAAGGUGGUGGUUGUGGAUGAUCUGCUCGCCACUGGUGUACGAGUGACCCCGGCCCCACCCCCGCACCAACUGGAAAAGAGGAUCAGCCUGGGCAGCUGCAGCCACCCCCACUGGCCACCAGGGGGACCAGAAGUCCAGAGGGGGGGAACUUAUGCAUCCGUGGCUGAGUGAUUUUCUCCUGAGCGGGGGCUGCUGCCUGGGGGGCCUGGAGCUGCAGGCUCAUUGACAGUGGAAUGAGAAUGAGAAUAAAUGACUUUCUAGA